CUCUUUUGCUACGUAUCAAUACUCACAGCACUAUUUACUUACGACCACAUGCCCACGGGGAGACUUUAUGAAGAACAGCGUUGUUAACGACAAAAACUCGAUCAGCCAUGGAUGGAGAUCUGCUGUCUUUGUCGUCUUCCUCUUCAUUAUCAUCCUCAUCACCGGCAGCAGAAACACAGACAGAUACUUCACCUAAGAGUGAGAGCAGCCUCCCUCAGGGCCAACAGGAACACAAAGCAGCUGAAGCAUUAUGGACGGAGGAUGUGGGUCCCACGGGCAACCGACUGCUGUCCACAGAGGAACAGGUGACUCUGAUCACUGAGAGUCUGACAGUCACCUCCACCGACCAGGAGAAACUGCUGCUGCUCAACAAGAACACUGAGCUGCGCAAAGUCAACAAAGAGCUGAUGAAGCUGAAUGAGGACUGGGACCAGGUGUACCGCAGUGCCACGCUGGGUCUACAGCACAGAGUGGAGACUUUGGAGCUGGAGAACAACGCCAUCAAACAGCUAAACAGCAGGCUGCUCCUCAAAGUGGAGCAUCAACAAAGUGCAAAGGAGUAUUAUGAGCAGGCGCUAAUGCAAGAGCUGAAGAAGAACCAGGAGCUGCAAGAAUACAUCAGGUUGUUGGAAAGUAGGAUGCACCACCCAGAGAGAGACUGUACACCUGCCAAACAGGGCAGCUUCAUUGCUGCGAGGCACAGUCCCGUGUCGAGCCCCCCCUCUAAUCUUCCUGGAGGUCCUGACCUGUCACGCAGCCACGUCUCUGGGUACAACCCCACAUCCUCCUUUUUCCCCACAUUUUCCAACCCGGAGGCGGGAUGGCAGGGAAAAAGCCAGAGUAGCAGUCCUCCGGUGGGAGCACUGGGAGACUCCCAGCAAGAAGUGCACGACCUAAAAGAGCAGCUGGAGGCACUGAGAUGUCAGACUCAGAUUUAUGAAGCCGAAUAUCAGACAGAGCACAGCGACCACAAGCACACACUGCAGGAGAACCGGAGGCUGAGGAAGAAGAGGGAGGAGAUGCGCCAACAGGUGGCACUAUUGCAAGAACAGCUCAAGGUUUAUGAGGAUGACUUCAGACGGGAGCGGUCUGACAAACAGAUGCUGCAGAGACUGCUGUUAAAGAAGACGCCUCCAAACAAGGACCCGGUGCUCGUCCACCGCUGCAAUAAUGAGCAGCGGCUGCUAGGGGGAGACAAGAGGACACAAAGUGGAGAAAGAAGGAAAGAGCACCACCCGCUCUGCCCCAAACACCUGAACAGGGACAAAGAGUCAGAGUGAGGCCGAGAAGCACAGAGUAACAUGAAAAUUAAGUCUGUUAAAUGAGUUUCGGACUGGAUCAAAUGAGAUUUAGGUGUGUCAGAGACUCUGAGUCUUAUCUGGAAAUGCAGCAAAGCAUCUUUACAGAAGCAAAAAAAAUUCAAACUCCUACAUACAACAGAGAUAUUCACCAACGUUUGCACUUUUAUAUUUUAUGUAUUUAAUAUAUCUCUUUUCUUUAAUUACAUUUUAACAGCAGAUGACCAACCCCACGGUUGUCGUCUCAUUCUGAUAUAUUUUUGACUUCAAAGAAUUUCCUCUCAAACUUCCAGACAAUAAACUACAUAAAAUGUGUUUGCAGUGACCUCAGAAAGUCCAAUAAGGAAGUAGCACCGAGGGGUUAUCCCAGAGAAGUGAUGUAUUGCCUCCUGACUGAGGUCAUGUCUUCUGCUUGCCUAGGAAUCUCAAAGGUUUACCGCUGCUGUUUCCUGGUCACUAGUCCUCAUCCGAGCAGAAACUCUUCACAUGCAUCAUUUCACAACAGAGGUGACCACUGAGUGAUCAGGGCUCUGAAAAUGGUUCCUGUAACAGACUGUAGAAUAUUCUUCCCCAAUCUUUUGUGUUAAAGGUCAUGUCAUAGUGUAUUUUAAAGGACAAUCUGUGACAAGUAAUCUAUACAUUUGUUUGGAUUUUUGUUAAUUUUCGUCAUUGAUUUAUUGGUUGAUCUGCGUGUAAACCAAAAUGACAUCAUCAGUGCAUCACAUGUUUUUGUUGAAGGAAGACCAGAUGUGAACGCUGUGGUUUCUUGACCACACAGACAAGCUGCAUCCUCAAACUUGGUUCUUUCACAGUGUCCAAAAAACAAAGCUGACAGUUUUGUUGAAUUUCCUGUUUGUGCUCAUUAUCUCUCUAGUUUCCUAUUUAUAAAUCAAAUAAAUUCUUAUAAUCCCCAUUUUAA